GCGUAAUAGUUAGGAUGCUGCUGACAACGGGAUUAAUCGUGGGGGCCCUCUGGGCGUUCUAUCUGUAUCUCACGUGGAACUUCGACUACUGGAAGAAACGUGGCGUUCCGGGACCGGAUCCGAUUCCCCUGGUCGGCACCUUCAAGGCUUUUCUGCUACGCAAUCGAUCGGUUAUGGAUGAAAAGUUUGAAAUUUUCAAGAAAUAUAAAUCGAAGUUCAACUUUGUCGGAGUCUUCAUGUACCGAUCGCCUCAAAUUCUCAUUACCUCGCCGGCUUUGGCGAAGGAUUUGCUCACCAAAAACUUCAAAAACUUCCACGACAAUGAGUUCGGUCAAGUGACGGACAAAUAUCUGGAUCCGUUGUUCGGGCGCAAUCCGUUCGUCAUGAAUGGGGAAGAAUGGAAAACCAAACGGGCUGAAAUUACUCCAGCAUUCACAACUUCUAGGAUGAAGGUGAUGUACUCGAAUGUGGAAGGUAUUAGCAACAAGAUGUCUCAAUACAUAAAAGAUCGCGAGGGAACUCCGCUGGAGGGGAAAGAGUUGGCCGGAAGAUUUACGACGGACGUUGUGUCGAGCUGUAUUUUUUCGGCAGAUGCCCAAUCAUUCGCAAACGAAAAUGCUGAAAUUCGUGAAAUGGGACGAAAGCUGAUGGAUUCGUCAUUGAUAUUCGUUUUGAAAAUUAUGCUUCUCACCGUUUUUCCAACGCUGGCAAGAAUUUUCCAAGUAGGAUUCAUAACCAAGCCGAGGGAAAAGUUUUUCACUAAACUGAUGGUGGACGCAAUUCGUCAUCGAGAGUCGAGUGGUGAAAAGCGGGCCGACUAUUUGGAUCACUUGUUAGCCCUGCGUCAGACUAAAAACAUAAGUGAAAUCGAUAUGGCAGCUCACGGGGUAACAUUUUUCCUGGAUGGUUUCGAAACUUCAAGUGCAGCUAUGGCUUUGGCUCUGUAUGAGCUGGGUAAGAAGCCUGAAAUUCAGCAAAGACUUCGGGAAGAGCUUCUGGCAGCUACUGGUGAAGACGGGACAAUUUCCUAUGAAGUACUCUCGGAGCUUCCCUAUCUGGAGCAAGUGUUCAGCGAAACCUUACGGUUAUGGCCAUCGGUGACUUUUAUGUCCAAGGUCUGUGUGCGCCCCACGGAACUGGACCUCACUCCAACCCAGAAAGUGCUCAUCGAACCGGGCGUUAUUGCCAUUAUCAGUUUGUACUGUAUCCAGAGAGAUCCCGACGUGUUCGAGGAUUCUUUUGAAUUUAAUCCCGAUCGGUUUAGUGCCGAAAAAGGCGGAACAAAUCCUUAUCAAGUGACCGGGAGCUACAUGCCAUUCGGAGAUGGUCCGCGACAAUGUUUGGGAAUGCGAUUCGGAAGAAUGCAGGUGAAGCGAGGGAUCUACGAGAUUCUUACGAAAUUCAAAGUUUCUGUAAACCCCAAAACGGAAGAUCCUUUGCGUAUCGUAUCUUCGCCGGCUGUCAGUUUAGGUUUGACCGGACUCUGGCUAGACUUCAAACCAAUUGCAUGAAAUUUUUUUUAAAAUAAUCGUGCCUUUAAGAAGUAAUUUACCUAAUUGUAAUUGAAUGAAUUUAGUUAAAAUACAAACAAUAAACUCAC